GCAUCUGAGACGACAAUACCGGAGUCCGCGUUCUGCAGAAUGUCGCACUACCCUGAAGAGUUUCCACUGUUCGAUAUCUCGUUUUGCUUCUUCUUCGUCAUACCGAUGCUGCUGAUAAUCAUCUUGUAUGGCAAGAUGGGCGCACAGAUACGUUUCAGCACGACACUGCAGUUGGGCGUUCAACAGGGCUCUAUGCACCAGGAAUCUCGACAUCAGCAGACACGCAAAGCCAUUAUACGCAUGUUGGAGGGUAACAAUUAA